UGAGAUUAUCAACAAAAACAACAACGGCGAACGACCGAUCGGUAAACCAAAACGAAAACUCUGGACUAUAACAAACUAGCCUAGUGCAAUUCAGUUGUGAUUCAAUUUAAAUAAAUUUGAAUUAUGCGAUUUCUAAUAAAGCGAUUAACUUUCAGUUGUGCUAGUAACUGUAGUCGCUCCUUAUUUCAUCAUAAUGCUAUGAAUAGUAGGUGCGUUCAACUGGCUGAAGUUGGCAGGUUGAACACCCCAAAGAACCAGGGGAAAUAUGAUACUGGUCAAUUAUUUCUUCACAGAGUUUUUGGAUAUCGAGGUGUUAUCCUUUUCCCAUGGCUGGCAAGAGUUUACGACAGAGAUAUACCAAAUAAACGAGAGAGCAUUGAGGAUACGUCGCAUGUCAGUAAGGAAGUGAAAGGAAGUACCCACACCUUCUACCAAGUUCUAAUCGAUUCAAGAGAUUGUCCUCACAUUAGAGCUCAAACAGAAGCAGUUACGUUCUUGGGGAAUCAAGAGAGCAGCAGAAGCUUGUAUGCGAUUCCCGGUUUGGAUUACGUCGCUCAUGAGGACAUUCUACCGUAUACGACCACUGAAAAACAGCCAUUGCAGCACGAGCUAUUCGACAAAUUCUUGAUGUAUACAAGUGAAAAAGAUCCUCCAUUUGCUGCCCAAGAGACGCUGCGCGCUUGGCAAAAGAAAAACCACCCAUGGCUGGAACUGUCCGAUGUACAUAAAGAAACGACCGAAAACGUCCGAAUUACUGUGAUACCUUUCUACAUGGGAUGCCGUGAUUCUCAAACUUCCUCUGUCUAUUGGUGGCGUUACUGCAUCCGACUUGAGAACCUGGGUGAACUAACGGUGCAGUUGCGGGAGAGACACUGGCGCAUUUUCUCUCUGUCAGGGACACUGGAGACGGUGAGGGGUCGAGGUGUCGUGGGACAAGAGCCUAUCCUCUCCAAGAGUCUGCCCGCCUUUCAGUACAGCUCUCAUGUCAGUCUACAGGCUCCAAGCGGACACAUGUGGGGAACUUUCCGGAUGGAAAGAGAGGAUGGUUACACGUUUGACUGUCGCAUACCGCCAUUCUCAUUGGAAAGCAAGAAUGACGAAUCAAACCCGUCUGGCUUCAUAUAGUUUCUUCAAGGUUCGAAGAAAAUAGAUUCUGUUUUGUUCAGUUUUUUAACCUAUUUAUUCAAGAAGAUUCCUUUUACUUUCAUUUGUGAACAUGAUAGUUUCAAAAUGGUUCACAAGGUUGUCGAUGGUUUGUUUCGUUCAGUUAAUCCUCAUCGUUCUAUAAUUUCAGUUACUGUUUUGUUAGCUCUUAUAUCAUCGAUACUUCAAUUAUGUUAUCCAGGUGGUUAAGAUUUCAUAAUUACAUGUUAAUUAAACUCUUAUUAUUUAUUAUCGUGCCAAUAUACUUUCAGAAGGCUAUCAGUAGGAUAAGAACUUUUACUAAUAAAUUUCCUUCCCGUUAUUCUCUCGGAAGUAUAGGCUACUUCAAUUCCCGGAUUCAUCCACCAUACAUUUAAACAAAAAUGUAUCUUCUCCAUUUCAAUUUUGAGCCUUAAUUUUAGCCUUUAUAUCAAUUUUAGGAGUCCCGACCUCACAGCUUCUCCACCAAUUCUAUAGAGUUUUGAAACAUGACAGCAAGGGGUUUUAUAAAUAAAUAACUUUAAACAAUUUUUAACAGUUAUUCAACACAAUAGCCUUGUUCAGAUGUAAAAUGUUCAACUUCGAUUCAUGUUAUUAAUUUUGGUUAUACUGGCUUUCACAUGUUUAAAUAUUGAAUAAAUCAAAAAGUAUUAUUGUUUGAUUACAUAGUUUCCGCGAGUUUUGUUUAAUUUCUCUAUUAUAAUAAUUGAUUUGAGUUUUCGUUUGGUUACCUAUCAAAAUUACCCUUCUCUCUAGUAUUUUAUUAUAAAUCAACAUUAUAUUAAUUGUUGAUAAAGAUUGUAUAAUUUCUUUCCUAGAUCGAAUUAUUGAUAUGUUGAGUUUAUUUUCUACAUUACCUCAAGUAGUUCUACUUUUUCCAAGAAAGAUACUUGGAAUCGUUGACUAUUAAUAAUAAUUGUGUUUCGUUUCGUUCGAUAGAUUAAUUCUGUUUAUUAAGUCAAUUCAAUAGAAUAUACAUUGUAAUUAUUAUAAAAAUCGUACUAAAUUGAUGUUCAAAGCAUUAUAAUUGUUGUAAAUCAAUAAAAUGUUUGUAUAAAUAUGAAA